CCACCAAAGACUACUCCACCACUUACGACGCCGUUCUAUCUGACUGGUUCACCACCAAGAAAAAGCAGCUUUUCACCGACAGUGGGAUUAAGAUCAUCUUUGUCGGGUCACCGAUCCUGGCACGACUCGUGAUGGGUGGUUUGAUGGAAGAAGUUAGAGAAGUUCUUGAGAGGAGUGACCCUAGUUGGGAGGCUGCUGACACGGUGGACUCGAAUGGACAAAGUUUGCUUCAUUUGGCUAUCGUUCAGGGCCGGCCUGAUAUUGUCCAGUUAAUUCUUGAGUUUGGGCCUGAUUUGGAGGCCCAGAGUCGAUCUAGUUGUAGCCCGAUGGAGGCUGCUUCUGAGGCCGGAGAGGCCUUGAUUGUUGAGCUUUUGUUGGCCCGAAAGGCCUUCUGUGAACGAUAUGAGAAUUCUUCUUUCGGGCCAAUUCAUCUGGCAGCCCAAAACGGUCAUGUGGAGGUGUUGAGGCUUCUUAUACUGAAAGGAGCAAAUGUUGAUGCAUUGACAAAAGAUGGCUAUACUGCUUUACACCUAGCA